GGUAAAGAAACCGAACUAGAUACUGAAACAUUUGGCAACAGUUAUAUCCUGGCGUAACUUUACUUCCGGUAAAAUGUAUGGCAGAGGCAACCGCCCGGGAGACUCAGAUUGGGUCUGCUCCGAUGGCUCAUGUGGGAAUGUAAACUUUUCAAGAAGAACAUCUUGCAAUAGAUGUGGGAAGGAUCGUGACUAUGACUUCAAGAAGACAAAAAAAGGUGGAAUUGAGAUUGGAAAGUCAAUGGCUGAGAAAAGUAAAGGACUUUUCAGUGCAGAUGACUGGCAGUGUAAAACAUGUGGCAAUGUCAACUGGGCUAGAAGAAACACAUGUAAUGUCUGCAACUCCCCCAAAGUUGGCAAAGUGGAAGAGAGAUCAGGUCUGGGAGGGGGCUACAUGGAACGUGAGGUUGUUGUAGAAUACAAGGAUCGAGUUGAAGUUGAAGAUGAUGAUUAUGAUGAGUUUGGACGCUUAAAGAAAAAGAAGCGUACAUCUGUUGAUACUGCCCCUGUUGCUCCUCCCCCAGUGGAAGAUGAGGAGGAUGAAGCCGAAGAGGAGGAAGAUGAUGACGAUGAUGAGGAUGUGUCCAAAUAUAUGUUGGAUUCAGAUGAUGAUGAUGAUGACAAAGAUACAUCCAAAUAUGACCUUGCCAGUGACGAUGACAAACCCAACAACCUAUCAAAAUCAAGGUCACCUAAAUCUAGGUCAAGGUCAUCAUCAUCAUCCUCCUCCAGUUCAUCACGGUCUUCGAGUUCUAGAUCUAGGUCACGAUCAAGAUCACCAUAUUACAGAGAUGACAAGAAGAAAUAUAGGUCAAGGUAUAUCAGGAAGGUUAAAGGUCAAAAGGAGUAGAUCUAGAAGUCGCUCUCGGUCAAGAUCACCACAUAGAUACAAGAGUGGUAGUUCAAGACGGAGAUCAAGGUCAAAUGAAAGGACAAGACGGAGGUCAAGAUCAAAUGAUAGAUCAAGACAAAGGUCGAGGUCAAAUGAUAGGUCAAGGCGGAGGUCAAGGUCGCGGUCUGGGAGUCGUCAUGGAAGGUACUGAUUCAAAGGCAUCGGAUUUUCAUCUACAAAACCAUAAUGGAUGAAUAAUAAUAGACUCCACAAACAGACCUGACAUUAUGAACAGCACAGUUCACAGAUUACAUGAGUUUGUACAUUGGAAAAUAAAUCUUACCAAAGAUUAUAAAAGUUGUAUUUAAGAAAUCUGACUAAAUCUCUCCCUUUGAUCCGAAAGCCAACCAUAGAAUGACUCAACCUUCCCAACAGAAAUGAUUGAUAUUUUUUUAUUUAUAAAUUGUGUUUGUGUUCCAGCUGGUUAUUUCCUUCUAUAAACUUUGUUGAGAUUUACUUUCCAGUGUUUCCACUCUGCAAGGUCUUAUUGAGAAGUUCAACUUUAAAAGCCUUGCAAGGAUGAACAAUUAAUAAAUUAUUCAGUGUGUUUUCACCUUUCAUUAAAGUCAUUGUUUGUGCCUUCAAUGGUAAUAGUAUUACCUGGAAGGUAUUUGUUUGACAUUGAAGGUCAUUUUGUUACCUUCAGGGUCAAUAUAUUACCUUCAAGUGAAAAUAUCACAUUUUAUAAAAUUAUUAGUAUUUCCCUUAAA